UGAAGAUUUUGCUUAUUCCGUCAAAUUACUAUCCGUGAGAAUUCGCUUUUUUUAGCCAUGAGCUGCUUGGAUGUUAUGUAUCAAGUGUAUGGUCCACCACCUCAGCCUUAUUUUGCCGCAGCGUAUAGCCCAUAUCAUCACCAGAAAUUGGCAUUUUAUUCCAAAAUGCAAGAAGCGCAAGAGAGCAUCAGCGGGGGCAGCUCGUUCUCAAAUCUCCCUGGGCCGACGAUAAAGGAGGAAGACUGCGCGCGAGAGAAGGAUCACCCUCCGGAGGCCGAGUACCUGAACUCGCGAUGCGUGCUUUUCACCUACUUCCACGGGGACAUCAGCUCCGUGGUGGACGAGCACUUCAGCCGGGCCCUCAGCCAGCCAACCAGCUACGUCCACGGGUCGGCUAGCAACAAGUCUGCACGAGGUAGGUCUACAUCCACCUCAUGGAGAGAUGGAUUAUUCCCGAUGAGCCAGAGGAGUUUCCCCCCAUCCUUCUGGAACAGUGCGUACCAGCCCUCGUCCCUGAGCAGUGCCUUAGGAUCCUCCUACUCAGACAUACCCUUCCCUGGGGACCCCUACUCCUCUGCCUCUCUACACAGCCACCUCCACCAGGCCACCCCAGAGCCCUGGCACCACUCACACCACCACCACCAUUCUUACUCACUCGGUGGGGCCAUCGGCACCCAGGGCUCCCCCUACCCUCGCCCCAGCAUGCACGAAGUCUACGGCACGCACUUUGACCCCCGCUACAGUUCUCUGCUGGUGCCCUCUGUCCGGCCGCACCGGCUCCCUCCAUCCACUGUCCCCGGACCCAGAGCCUCACCGUGUGAUAUUGGGAAGAGCGAGUCAGCCAGCUCGGCCUGGACUGGGACGUUCACAGGGGCAGGGGCAGACAUCAGCCAGAGCAUCGGCCUCAAUGUGGAUGCAGCUCGACGCUACACCUUCAGUGGCGGAAACAUCCUCAGCUGAAAUUACUCGGAUACUCUCUGCUGGAAAUGCAGUGGACAUGGGGGAGAAUCCUAAAACUCUCUCCUACUAAAGAGAAAGGAGGGGGAAAACCAUGCAGGACUUGCUGGACAGCUUGCCAGAACUGCUCUGUGGUGUGACUGACAAAAUGUUAUCUGGCCAAGACUGAACACUUUCCUCCAAAGAGGACACUUGUUGAAAAAGAAAAAAAGAGUGAAACUGGAAAGUAAAAAAAUAGAUUUGACGAGAGCAUACUCGAAGA